GUUGAAGUGAUGCACGAAUCGGUACCCGUAUCUCUCAUUGGUCGAUAUCAAUAUACCACACCACAACAGAUUCAAGUUUAAACGAAGCUAUUGCUAACCGCCGCUGCUGGCCACUGCCAAGAGUCCCGAGGCUGGCCGAAGCUUUACACAAGGAAAACGUUCUGUGUGCUGUUUUCUCCGUUUUUGUGAUCCAGCUGUGAUCUAUUUCAUCUAUUCGUGAUUGACGGAAAUUGUUUCUCUCGUGCAAAUCGACGUUCUAGUUCGUAAAGUGAAUAAACAUGUCAAUGUUACGUGAACUUUAGGUAAUUCUACGACGUAUAAUAAGUAGAGGAUUGUUAGAGUGUACUGUUAUAUUGAAGAACUGAUUGUAUAUUGUGAGCGACGAGAUGGAAUCUCGUUUACCAAAACCAAAAAUAGUAAUAAACAGAGCGAUUAGUGUAGCGGAUAUAACUGCCAAGAAUAAUAAUUAUAAGACAAUCAAAAAUAGCAACAAUAUGUCAGCGUCGACCGCAACCUCAACGUCGACAUCAACGUUAACAUCAACAUCGACGUCAGCUUCAACAUCCUCGGGUUUUGGCAGUGUGAAAUCUGUAAACGAGAACAAACUAUCGGUCAAACAACCCUUAGUUCGAUCAAAAACGUUAUCCACAAUUACACGACCAAACAAUGUAAAGGCGAUAAAACGAACAGGUACUAAUAUUACACAUGGAGAAUCAAAGAAGCCUUUUGUUGCUAGACCUGUUGCUAAAGCACUAAUGAACAAGCCAACUAAUAAUGCAUUAAUGACUAAUAAUACAGCGAACAGAAUGAACAAAGGUAUCCAAAAUGACGUAGAUAAGGGAGGCAAGAUUAAAAAAUGGGACUUACGAGGUCGUUUGGCCCAUACAAGUGACAAACUAUCAGUUGAGCAACAAAAAAAUAAAGACUUGGAAUCAAAAUGUAAUGUGCUUCAAGAAAUGGCAAAUACUUUACAAACUAGUGAAACUGCAUGUAAAACUAAAGUAGAAGAACUCGAGGUUUUAAAUAAUACCUUGACUAAUGAGCUUCAGACCUUAACAGUGGAAAUAGUUGCCAUUCGAAAAAAUGAGAAAGAUUUAGCGAAACGCUUACAAGAAUCAGAAGAAUCGCGUACAAAUCUUUCGCGGGCUUUGAACGAAAUUCAAGAAAGAUCUAAAACACAAGAGGUAUUAAUUUCAGAGCAGACUCAGCAAUUGAUAACUUUAAAAACAGAUUUAGAAUUACAAAAGGAAAUAAACAAAGAUUUAAGUACCAUCAAAGAAGAAUUGCAAACUUUGACUCAUAAGAUGGAUAAAGAACGCAGGAUAUUGCAUAAUGUCAUCCAAGAAUUAAAGGGCAAUAUAAGGGUCUUUUGCCGCGUGCGUCCACGGACGCCGAAAGAAACUGAGCAGAUGAAAGCGUUGUGUAAUAUAAGCUUCAUUGACGAUUGUACUAUUGAAGUAGGUAAAUCGGAUGGAUCAGAUGCAAUGAGCUGCAGUGGAAAGCAACGAGGAACAAAACAAGAAUUUUCAUUUGAUAAAGUAUUUGCUCCCAAUGCUUCGCAAGCAGAUGUGUUCGAAGAAUUAUCCCUUUUAGUACAAUCAGCACUUGAAGGAUAUAAUGUUUGUGUAUUUGCUUAUGGUCAGACUAGUUCUGGCAAGACAUAUACUAUGGAAGGAGAAUGUGGAUUACAGACUGAAGGCAUGAUACCUAGAACAGUACGUCAUAUAUUUAAAGAAAUGAAACAGUUCGAACUUCUUGGUUGGGAAUAUCGAAUAGAAGCAAGUUUUCUGGAAAUUUAUAACGAGCAUAUCGUUGAUCUUCUCGAUUCUGAACCAAAAACACACGAAAUACGAAUGGUUGACAAUAAAGGUCAAGAUUUAUACGUUAGCAACCUUCAGAUUGAAGAAAUACACAGUCCAGAAGAAUUACACGAAUGCCUACGAACUGCACAACGCAACCGAGCAGUUGCAGCUACUCAGUCAAAUGAACGAUCAUCCAGAUCUCAUUCAGUAGCAAGAAUACGCUUGAUUGGUACACAUGUUACGAAACAAGAAGUGUCAAUAGGAAAUCUGAAUCUAGUCGACUUAGCCGGGUCUGAACGUUUGAAAACUGAAGAAGCUGUUAGAACUGCAGAAACAAAGAAUAUUAACAAAUCUUUAGCCAAUCUUGGCAAUGUAAUUUUAGCAUUAUUGAAAAAACAGGAACAUAUACCUUAUAGAAAUUCUAAAUUGACUCACCUGCUUAUGCCUUCUCUAGGAGGCAAUUCAAAAACUUUGAUGUUAUUAAAUGUAUCUCCAUUAGACGAAUGUUAUAACGAGACAUUAAAUUCGUUGAGAUUUGCUAGUAAUGUCAAUAAUUGCAAGACUGGAAGUAUUAAACGAAGCCGAAUGAUUUUACAGAAUACGACUAACUGAAUUUGGACGUGUUAAGUCUGAUUAUAGAGUAGUGUCAAAUUAAAUUUUUUAAUGUUUUAUUUUUACAUGAUUAACAUUUCUUUUACAAUUACAAAUG